UAAUCUAUUAUAAUAAACAGAUUCGGUGACAUGUAUUAAGUGAAGGAAUGUAUUGUGGUUAUGGAUAAGCUCAAUCAUGAUCAAGAAGAAAUAUGUGCAGAUUUAAAUUGUACAACUAGUAAAACUGAUAUGAGAGAGCGUUUUAGCUUUCCUGAAGAAAAUACUUUAUGUAAAGAAUGGGUGCUGAAUUGUUGUCGAUACGAUCUCUUAAAUUACAGUACAAAAUACCUUCACCAGAAUUAUAAAUUAUGUUCCAUUCACUUUGAAGAUAAUCAGUUUUUUGAUUCCAAAAGAAAAUUGCUCAAACCAAAUGCCAUACCCACAAAAUUUAAUAUUUCUUUUUCUCCAAGUAACACAGUUGAAACUAUUGAGACAGAUGAAGGUGUUGGACAUUCAGAAGCAUUAGAUACAUACAAAAUAUAUACUUAAAUGGAGUGUAAAAACAAGACAAAACAGAAAGAAAACGUUUUGACCAACAUCAAUCAUCAUCAGGAACAUUCAGAAGAUUAUAGAAUGCCAUUACAGCAAGGCACAAUAGAAUACUAUUGUGCCCUGUAUUAUAGCCAAAAGCAUUCCUGAUGAUAUAGAACACUUAACACAGUACUGGUGUUUUAAAAUCCUCUAAGCAUUCUAGAUGAUGGAUGUGAUUGAAAAGAGCUAGAAUUUUUUGUAUUUUAUGCUCUACUUAGUAUUUCAGAGCUACCAGGGGUCUUUUUGGUGCAUGAGUGAGAUCACUGAUUUUAUACAAAUAUGGCCCAAGUCACAUAUCAAUAGACUGCAAUAAGUCAAAAUACAAUUUGAUGGAUUUUUAAUUUUACAGCUGUUAUAUAUAACAGAAGAAAAGUAUGGCAAUUGGUCAAAAAAUGACUCAAAUACAUUCAAAAAUUGAGAAAUUAAAAAAUAUUUUGGGUUUUUCAAUAUGGAUGAGUCCAGUGUU